CAUAGGAAACGACACAGAUUGCACAAUUGCAAAACCCAAUUAUGUAGGUCCUCCUUCGAAAUGAAGAAUUACUUAUCAAAGUCGAAUAACGUGGAAAAACUUAGCAGUUUAAAAUAACUUGUCUUCGAUUCCUCGUUGCAGACACAACCGGCUUUGGACCGAUAUAAACUACACAAAAUGAAUGUUCAGCAGAAAUACUUCGUUCUUUUUUGUGCAUUUUCUUUUGUAUUUUGUGAUGAGCCUCGUUUUAGAACAAGAUUUGAGUACGAUGAACAACUCUUGGAGAAAAUGAUUCGCAUGGAAUUUGAAUAUGGACAGUGGGAAAAACGCGUAAAUGAAACUUUGGGGAAAAUCGAGAAACAGGGAGCUGGCAUUCAGACUGAUUUGGAAGUACUGCGGAAUGAAAGGGAAGAGUUUGACAAGCACGUUAACGAGACGAUGCAUGACAUCAUGCAACAACAGUCUAAACUGAAAGCCGCGCAACAGCUGUUUAAACCGCAACACUCAACAGUUUUGUUCCGAGCGCAGAAGGUUGCUGAUUAUACCCUGUCAACUAGAAACCAGAUAAUUAUCUUCUCAGAAAUGCUCAGCAACGUCGGCGGAGGGUACAACUCUGCAACUGGAAAAUUUACUGCACCCGUCGCUGGAACGUACCUGUUCACCGUCAGCCUCUGUCCCAAACCUGGAAAGAGCAUAUUCUACAAAAUUGUAGUCAAAGAAGACGUGACGGUGAAUGGACAUGUGUAUGAUGUUUACGGCUACCUUUGUGUAUCCGGAAACGCUAUCGUGCAGCUAAACGCCAAUGACGUCGUAUACGUCAAGUCAACGUACUCAUCUGAUGAACUCUUACAAAGUGGGUUACACGAGUCAGCCUAUGAUGCAAAAUCAAAUUCAUUUUCCGGUGUACUACUACAUUGA